AUGCUGCGCCGCACGCUCUCUGCUCUGGGCGGCAAGGUGCUUGUCGUGGCGGAGAUGCACGGCGGAAAGGUCGCCCCCGCCACGCUCGCCGCCGUGACUGCGGGGCUGAAGGUCGGCCCUGUCAGUGCCCUCGUCGCCGGGAAGGACGCCGCGGCGACGGCGGCGGUUCUCGCCAAAGUGAAGGGGGUGGAACACGUCCUCGUCGCGGAGGGCGAGCACUACGCGAAGGGCCUGCCGGAGGAGUACGCCCCCCUCAUUGCCUCCGUUGUGAAGGACGGGUACACGCACGUCUUCGCUGGCACCUCGGCGUUCGGCAAAAACGUCAUCCCCCGCGCCGCGGCAAGGGCAGAUGCGAUGCCCAUCACAGACGUGACGGAGGUCAAGGACGAGGCCACGUUCGUGCGCCUCAUGUACGCUGGCAACGUGGUCAGCACGGUGAAGACGUCUGACCCGGUGAAGUACGCCACAAUCCGCGGCACCAGCUUCGAGCGCGCGCCGCUGGAGGGCGGCAGCGCCCAGACAAAAGAGGUGGCGGCCACGAAGGCCGCGGGAACCUCCACGUGGAUCGAAGACACCAUCGCCUCGACGGAUAGGCCGGACCUGCAAACGGCCGCGAAUGUCAUCGUCGGCGGCCGCGGGUUGAAGAACGCGGAGAACUUCAAAAUUCUCAACGACCUCGCGGAGCCGCUGAAGGCGGCGGUGGGGGCGACGCGCGCCGUUGUAGACGCUGGCUACUGCCCGAACGACAUGCAGAUUGGGCAGACGGGAAAGACGGUGGCGCCGAACUUUUACCUCGGGUGCGGCGUCUCCGGGGCUAUCCAGCACGUGGCUGGGAUGAAGGACUCCAAGGUGAUUGCCGUCAUCAACAACGACGCCGACGCACCGUUCUUUCAGGUUGCGGACUACGGCCUCGUGGAGGACCUCUUCGUUGCGGUGCCGAAACUCACGGCUAUGGUGAAGAAGUGA